CCGGUCGCGAAGGAUGGCAACUACUAAUUGAAAAGUGCUAUUUCUGGUUAUUUUCGCAGAGUGUAAAAAUCUCUCGAGCUCUUCGAAGCUGAGGCACUCUCAGUUGGUUUUCGAACGGUGUUCGGAUGGUUGGGUGUUCUCGCGUGUAGUUUCUGAACGCAACCGAGCGAGCAAUGUGAGUGGAAUUGCAUUCGAUUUGUUUACGAUAGAAACUGAUCCUCCUCUUGUGACGUUAAUUUUAUAUAAAUAUCACAACAAAAUUAAGAGGAGCUAACAGACAAAAUGCAUGAAAACACACGUGUAUCGCCGCGAGUAUUUACAGCAAUACAAAAUGUCGAUAUUAUAGAAUUAUCGUUGUGUUCGCAUAAAGAAAUCAGACCCAUUCUGCCGUGUUUGGUUAGAAUGAGUCUCAUCUCGCCGCUUGACAUAACGAAAGAGUGUGUGGAGGGUAGAAAACAAGUUUUGACAAUAUUGUCUGGCAUCGAAUCAGUCAACUCUAUUAUCGCUCUUCUUUCUAUUGAUUUUCACGCACUUGAAACCGACGUUCGACAGGAGCAACAGUUGAGGCAAAAGCUAGGUAGUGUGCAGCGAGACAGUGUGUUGGCGCAAUCUUUGCAAAGUGGAUUGGCGCUAGAGUUUGAACGCAGCGAGUCUAUUCGUCGGAUCAGAUUGGUUCUCAGUGAAAUUUUGUUUAUAGCAUCUCAAGUACAAGAAUUUCAAAAAAAUCAGGAGUUUCAGAUCAAGCAGUCCGAUUUAUUUGACAAUGCCGUUUAUAUGGAGGAGAUCAGCUAUGUGAUUUGCAUAGCGCUAGCUGAAUUGCCAACAUUGUUGUCCAUAUUGGAUAUCGUAGAGACUCUUUUACAUGUUAAACAUGGUUCAGAUAUCAUCUGCUGGAUCGUCGCCAACAGUCCAGACAGUUUCUCAGAGGUAUGCGCGCAUUUAAUUGCAAAUGGAGAGCGACAGGAGGAAUCUGCACUAGGCAGGAUUAGAACACAAGCCAUCACAAUGUUAUGUCAGAUGAAUCCGAGUCAAGCACUGGCAGUGAGAGCUAAAUGCGUAGAACUGUGUAGGAUGCCCGCUCUGGCUAUCACUCUGAGCUUGGAACACGAAAACACACAUAGCUCCCAGCCUGAAAGCGACGUGGUUGCCUUUGUGUCCGGCUUGCUACUAGGCAGCGAUCAGCAAGUGCGCUCAUGGAUCGCGAUGUUCAUCAGAAAUGGACAGAAACGUAAAUGGGAAUCCCAGACAGCUUUGCAGUCGUUGCGCGAGGAGUUGCUUAAGCGAUUACAAACAAUCGCUUCUCAAAGCACGGACAGUCAGUUAGCAGAGUCGCAAGUUGUGCAAGCAAGCGCGUUGCUGAGGCUAUAUUGCGCCCUGAGAGGAAUCGGCGGCAUCAAAUUUCAAGACGACGAAGUGGGAAUGAUUGUGCAGCUACUGACAUCGCAUCCACCACCGUCGCCAGCCGGUGUUAGAUUCGUAUCUCUCGGUUUGUGCAUGUUAAUAGCAUGCCCUUCACUGAUCGGACAUCAUAAUCUGGAGAAACGCAGCAUCGAGUGGGUGCAAUGGCUGGUGCGCGAGGAAGCCUAUUUUGAGAGUGCGAGCGGCGUAACGGCUAGUUUCGGCGAGAUGCUGCUAUUGAUGGCGAUACACUUUCACAGCAAUCAGCUAUCGGCCAUUUGCGAAUUGGUUUGCGCCACGCUCGGAAUGAAGAUACCCAUUCGACCAAACAAUCUCACGCGGAUUAAGCAGAUUUUUAUGCAGGAGAUCUUCACCGAGCAAGUGGUCACUGCGCAUGCCGUUAAAGUGCCGGUCACGGCGAAUCUCAACGCCAACAUUCCUGGAUUCCUGCCGGUACACUGCAUCCAUCAGUUGUUGAAAUCGCGGGCAUUCGCGAAACAUCGAGUGCCCAUCAAGGAUUGGAUAUACCGUCAGAUAUGCACGAGCGUGCCGCCGUUGCAUCCGGUCUUGCCGGCUCUGGUGGAGGUUUACGUGAAUUCCAUUCUGGUGACGAACAAUAAGACGUCCGAGCACACGAACAAGCCCAUCACCGAGAACGAGAUUCGCCGGGUGUUUCAGAACAGCGUGUUCGGGGCGAAUUUCGAUUUUAAGAAAAAUCCUGUCAACAUCAUGCAAAUGGACACCGAUAAUGUGGACAUCGACGCCUUGAAGCCCUCCCUCACUUCGCAGCUAUUGCUGCUGUAUUAUCUCUUGCUGUACGAGGACGUGAGGCUGUCCAAUAUGCACACCUUCAUAUCGCAGUGCAGGAAAGUCAAGUCGUAUUCGUCCGAAUUCCUCUCCGAGUUACCGAUCAAGUAUUUAUUGCAAUUGGUUCAACGGGAUCAGAUGAAUUACGCCAGCCUGUUCUCACCGCUUCUACGGCUACUGGCAAUCCACUUUCCGCAUUUAUCUCUGGUGGACGACUGGCUCGACGACGAGAUGAUUAAUAUCGAUUCGGCCAUCGCCAGUUAUGAGAGUAAAAAAAUUAGCGACAUCGCUAUUGUCGAGGCGUUCGGUCACGUUAAAACUUGCGCGUCAAGAACCGGAAGACUAUUGAGGCAAUUAAUGACGCUGAAACCAACUGAGAUCUGGCCUCACGCCGAGCUCAUAAUACAUUAUUUCAAGGAUAUACUGGACGAACAGGUUCCUAGAUACAUACAAGAACUUUAUAAGCAAGUGUGGCUGAGGCUUAAUACUGUAUUACCACGUUGUUUAUGGGUCCUUUCCAUAAACGCACUGCUAAUAGAAAAUUCAAUAGUGAAAAAUGUCUUUUUGACACAAGACAACAUUGUAUUAGACCCGUUACAAGUAUUAAGGUGCGAUACACGAGUUUUUCGAUGCGCGCCGAUUUUAUCUGUGAUUCUUAGAAUUUUGCAAGCAACAUUAGCGGCGUCGCGAUCUCAAUUAUCCAGGCACAUGCAGGAUAAGCCUCUAACUGAAAAAGUCGGACAGUUGACAAACGAAACGGAAAGAGAAGAUUUGAGGAUAGCCUUAGUCGCAGGCCAAGAAAGCGCGGCGGUGCAAAUUUUAUUGGAAGCGUGUCUGGAAACGGAAGAGGAUAGAAGGACUCCCGGACAGAUGUGGUCUCUCCGUGAGAUACAAAGUGUCGUUUGUUCCUACUUGCAUCAAGUGUUCAUAGCCGAUCCGUCUCUGGCCAAAUUAGUUCAUUUUCAGGGUUAUCCACGAGAACUGCUGCCAAUCACAGUUUCUGGAAUCCCAUCCAUGCACAUAUGCCUCGAUUGGAUUCCGGAAUUACUGUCUCAGCCCGAGCCGGAAAAACAAGUAUUUGCGGUUGACUUGGCUUCGCAUUUAGCGAUUCAGUACGCCUUGCCGAAAGCACUGAGCGUCUCCCGAUUGGCGAUUAAUACUCUAAUAACACUAUUAGGUGUGUUGUCCGCCGAGGAUCGAAUCGUUCUUUUCAUGCCAGUGUUAUCGUCACUGACGCGAAUAUGUCUGGCCUUUCCACCAUUGGCCGAAGAUACCACAGGUCUGUUACUCCAGUUGGGUCGAGUCAGUUCAGCUCAGGCGGCUCUGGGUGACAAAGCGGCGAGCUUAUUGUGUCAAGAAGUCAACACGACGUUUUGUACCUUACUACAGAAAGCUAUACUACAAUCACGAGUUUAUUGAAAUGCCAAUUUUAUAUAAAAUAUGUGUAUAAAAUAUUGUUGAUUGUCUCGAGAAUUCUUA